ACAUUCAGUAUUUCAGUGAUUUUUAAAUAGAAAAAGUCGUAAGGAGAAGUACAUACAUUAUAUUUAUAAUAAUGACUUCAAUUGGAAUGUGUGAAACACCUGGGUGUAAAUCCGUUGCACAAUUGCAGUGCCCAACAUGUAUUAAAUUAGGAGUUCAGGGUUCUUACUUUUGCAAUCAAGACUGUUUCAAAAAAUCGUGGAAAUCCCAUAAAGUGAUACAUUCAUUAGCGAAAGGAGAGCGUACAGAUGGGUCCAAUAAUGAAUACAAUCCAUGGCCCUCAUAUACGUUUUCUGGCAAGUUGAGGCCUUACCCUUCUGGUCCAAAGCGAACUGUACCACCACCUAUAGAGCGUCCAGAUUACGCCGAUCAUCCUACUGGGUUCCCAGCUUCUGAGAACGCUGCUAAGGGUUCUGGCCAGAUUAAAGUCUUGGACGAUGAGGAAAUUGAGGGUAUGCGGGUGGCAUGCCGACUGGGCAGAGAGGUGUUAAAUGAAGCAGCUAAAGUUUGCGAUGUUGGUGUAACUACGGAUGAAAUAGACAGAAUUGUUCACGAAGCUUGUAUUGAUAGAGAAUGUUACCCCAGCCCAUUAAAUUAUCACAACUUCCCAAAUAGUUGUUGCACUUCGGUUAAUGAGGUUAUAUGUCAUGGGAUUCCUGAUCUACGUCCAUUAGAGGAUGGAGACAUUUGUAAUGUAGAUGUAACAGUGUAUCACAGAGGUUUCCACGGCGAUCUGAAUGAGACCUUCUUUGUGGGAAAUGUAUCAGAAUCUACACGGAAACUUGUGCAAGUGACUCAUGAGUGUUUACAGAAAGCUAUUGAAAUAGUGAAACCGGGGGAAAAGUACAGAGAGAUAGGCAAUGUUAUUCAGAAACAUGCUCAGGCUCAUGGAUUGAGUGUUGUCAGAUCAUACUGUGGUCACGGAAUACACAGACUGUUUCACACCGUACCUAAUGUACCUCAUUAUGCAAAAAACAAAGCUGUUGGUGUGAUGAAGCCCGGACACUGCUUCACAAUAGAGCCCAUGAUUAAUGAAGGUGGCUGGCGUGAUGAACAGUGGCCUGAUCACUGGACUGCGGUAACUGCUGAUGGAUCUUGGUCAGCUCAAUUUGAACAGACUCUGCUUGUGACAGAGAAUGGCUGUGAUAUACUAACGAAGCGAGACACGGGUCGCCCGUGGUUUAUGGAUCAGUUGGAAAAAUUGAAUAAACUUAAGUAGCCCUAGAUGUAUUUAUUACAUUGACAGUAUAAUUAAUAUUCAAAUACAAAAAAAGGUUCUGUAGUUUUAUAUUUCCCAUGGAGUCUGUUUUUAUUUGAACUACGUAUUAUAAUGUUGGUGUGAGAUAGCUAAUGAGCUCAAAAAUUACUCUGUGCGUAAGAGAAGGGAGGUAUUUUGAUCGCUUUCGUUUUUUAUUGUUCUUUGUAUGUUGACAAGGUCUUACAGGAAUGUUGGCAAACUAACAAUUUUUUGUGAGUUAUAACAUGCAUAGAAAAUGGGAUGUAAAUCAUUAGGAAUCUGUCAAAUAUAUAAUGACAUCAUAAUUUUUUUUAAUAAAAAAAUAUUUGCUGAUAUUGCAAAAAUUAUAUAUUGCAAAAAAAAAUGUGUGUGUACCAGAGUACACCAGUAAGAAGUGAAAUUUGUUUAUGACAUGAUUUUCUAUCAAUUACAACUUAACUUAAGAAAAUCCCUAUCCAUAUAAAGCUAUUUGAUUAUUAUAGACAUGUCUACAACAAAUAAGCCUUUUUAUUUUCUCACUUUCAUACUAACAUUAUAUUUUUACGUCACGAUUCUGAACUUUGAUAAAAAAAUCAACAUGGCGCGUAACCGAAAUUCGUGACGACAUUGCUAUAAAAAUUCUCAUACGUCUAUAAAAGAGUUUCACUUCAAAAAUUGUAUAAUGCUGAAGCGUACAAUAUUUUAUACUUUACAGUAAGUUAUUGUUUACUGGCUUACAGCUCGUAAGGCGAGAGUCAUCUUUUCGGACAUUUUUGAUAUUACUGUUAUGUGACAGCGAAUAUAGUAAUACCACGGUCGUGCAUAUUAUAUGGGCAAUUAGGCAGUGCCUUCCUAGUUAUAAACUUAAAUAAAUAUAGUUGAAAUAUACAGUACAAUGAGGUUUAGGAUUAUAUAUUAAUAUGCCAUAAAAAAAAUUCAUACUAGGUAAUGUUAGAUUAAUCCUUGAUAGCGUGUUUCAUUUAAUGCACAAUAAAAUACAGCGCCAUCUAUGAUCACAUAGAGUAAACUUAACUGGAGUUGAACACCCAUAGGAAAUGAGAUAUUUACAAUAAAAGCGCAAAAAACCGAGGCUUUGAGACAACUUUUAGGGUGUCAAUAUACAAGUAUUUACAGACUUACAGCUGGGUAUCUCGAAUUCCGAGAUUCUUACCUAAUUUAAGCUUAAAUGACUGGACUAUACGCAAUCUUUGCUUAUUCCAUAGUGGCAACUACGACUAGUUCGAUGUACAAUGCCUAACUUGCUAGAAAAGCAAUGCACGCCCCUGAGUAAUACGAACACUGUCAAAAUUUCAGCUGCUUGCAACUGUCAUGACAUACAGUACAACUACACUAUACAGCCUCAUCGUUUUGCAAUUAAUUAUUAAAUUACAAUCUAUGUAAAGUGAUGCAACAAGAAUACUCAAUGAUGUCCACAAGUAUUUAUUGUCAAUCACUUAUCUUUGAAAAUUAAUAAUAUUCACUUCGCGGCUGUAUUGCGUGUAUACAAAAUAAGUAAACAAUAAGUAUUAAAAAAUGUUUUGUCAAUCUAAGUGGGUACCGGUAGGCGGAGUGAAUAGCUAGUAUUUUUUUUUGCUAACUACUGACGUAGAUCCAAGCACGAGCCAGAAUUUAAGAAUCUUUUCUGUAUUUAGUAGGCUUUACAUGUUUGGUUUUGUGUUUUGUUUUAUCGCUGCUAUUGUAAAUUAUGGAUCCUAAAUAGAGCAGAUCCAUUAACGGCCGUUUUCAAUAACCUAUCUAUCCUUAGUUUAACUUACUAGAGGUAGACAAAUCUAUCCUUUUACGCUUACUUACAUUUCAAUAACCUAUGGCAUUGUUAAAAAAAUAACAGGACGCUGAAAAUUUGAGUAAUUGUGUAUGGAAAGAACUUCCCUUAAAUAAAUAUUUUUCAUGAUUUAACCAUAACAUUUGCAACUCGUUUCAUAUUACAUUUAAACUGACACACACUCAUAUAUUUAUACAACACACACACUCACACUCACAAAUACACUCAUAAUUUAUACAGAGGUUGAUACAUUUAGAAAAAGUUUAGAUCUGCAUUGUAAUCGUCAUUAGUUUGCCCUCUUUACUAUGUUUCCCAGUUUACCUUAUGGAGAUGGGAAUGGCUGAAAACCAGCGCUGCAUGAAAAUAUUAUUUCAAGCAGCAUAAGCUGAGCCUACUCCCAUUUGUCUUAAUGUAUGUUUGUAAUAAGCUGAUAUUGUAUACUUAAAUUAAGUUUAAGGCAAUAAAUUUUAUUAUUAUUAAUCGGUGAUAGCAAUAUAUCCGUAACUAAAGAUACGUUAUUGAAAACGGCCGUAAGUCAUCUUUUGAAUGUUUGAUUUAGUACCGUUUACAUUAUCUCUGGUUCUGACGUCAUAUCGUCGCUUUGUUACGGUGUGCAAAACAAGCAUCACUAGAAUAUUGUUAUUAAGCAAUAAAUAAAGGUGUUGUGUUGUGAUGCUGAUUAUAAUGAUGAAAGAAUCUGGUUUACGUAAAAAAAGUAUUUAUUUUACUGGCAGUUCUUUUAUGGCGACACAGAACAACAGAAAUUACAAGUCAAAACGUAAUAAUGAAAACUUCAAAAACAAAUCAGUGAUAGCACGAAUACAUCACGAAAUGUAACCUAACACUAAAGAAAUUGCAAACUGUACUGACGCAACAGGACGAGCGUGAGGGGGUGAAAGGGCAACGGGAGGGGACUUCACGUUCCAGUGAAGUCCAGAGAUAAUGUGGCAUUGCUGUAGAUAUUAAUAUUCUUCAAAAAAUAUUUUCUGUUUGGAAUCUGGAAUGCAAGAGCCAUGACAUAAUUUCAUCUAUGUUAUUCGUUAUGAAUUCAUUUUCUAACCCUAGAUUAUGGAUUGGUCUCCGCUGCGCUCCAACUAGAUACUGCACUACGUAAGAACAAUAGCUUUAUAACGGCAACUAUUAGAUGCUUGUGUGCGUGGCAUCUUUCAAGUUUUGUAACAUACGCUUCGGGUUAUUUUACAUUGAAAUUAAUAAAAUAUGAUAUGAUAUCCCAGUGCCUUUCUUAUUUCUUGUAGUAUUAUUUUAACAAAGUUUUACUCCGCAACUCAGCAGAUUAGUUUCAAUUAUUGUCACGUCACACAUUGUUCGAGACUGGCUCGAGUACGCUCACUUGGGCGUCAUAUUAGUUGCCACACUUUGCGACUACGCCUGCGGUAUCUAGUUGGAGCGCAGCGGGAACCAAUCCUUAAUCUAAGUCUUCUAACAUAUUCUUUUAUACUAUAAUAUAAAUUGCUACUGUUUGACAGAUUUGAUUUGAAAAACAAUUUAUCUGUUACGUAAUGUUACAAGUAUAGUAACUUAAUAAGGGAUAGUGAUUUUAAAUUCUUUACUGACACUGUAUUACUUUCAUUAUUUUUGUACAACACAACCCUUUGAUUAUGACAAUAUUUGAUAUAUUAAAUUUCCUAUUUUAAUUUAAAUAUAGUUUAAAAACGACGGCAAAUUUCCUUGUUGAAAUUAUACUUCUUUAGGUGCGUUAUGAAAAAAUUAUGAGAGUGAAAUUUUAAGAUGCGCGCGCAUCACUGUAACACAAAAGUAACAGGUUGAAGUUGGUUCCUAAAAUUUUCUGACGUUUGCGUCAUUCGUUAUAUUUUUUUUUUGAUUUCUUCGUCCAUUAUUAGAUUAGGCAAAGGGUUCAAGCCCGUACAGCCGUGUUUGUUAUUUAAUAAUUAAUUGUCAAAGCCAUCUUUGCAAGAUAUUUACAAUAUUGUUCUUUCUACAAACGUAGAAUAGCACGAGGAAUAUCAUUUUAAUGAUUUCUGCUUCGUUAGGCCAAAGAAGUAUAACUUCUUGCGUGCAUAUAUAAGUACACACACACUUUUUUUUCAAGUAUUUAUCUUCUUGUGUUACUAAUAUUGUUGAAGUACAUAAUAUUUUGGAUCAUCACACCAUGUAAUAAUGGAUAUUAACAUUCUUAAAAUAUUUAAACUUUCUAUAAAAUCUGCAAAUUACUAGCUCUAUCUAUUUAUAUUUUGUACCUAUGUUUUGAAAAAAUGAAAUAAACACAUAUAAGCCA